AUGGCGGCCUCCGUGAGGGCCGGGAGCGCGGCCCCCGUGCCCGCCGCAGGCGGGGGGAGGGCGGGGCGGGCUGCACGGCGAGCGGCACAGCAGAUCCCCGAGGAGAUCCUCAGUAACGCGGAGCUGCGGGAGGCGGCAGAGGCCCUGCCCCGAAACUACAACUUCGAGAUCCCCAAGACCGUCUGGCGGAUCCGGCAGGCUCAGGCCAGGAAGGUGGCCCUGCAGAUGCCAGAAGGGCUCCUCAUGUUUGCCUGCACCAUCGCGGACAUCAUUGAGCGGUUCACGGACGCGGAGGCGGUGGUGAUGGGUGACGUGACCUACGGCGCGUGCUGCGUGGACGACUACACGGCCCGGGCCCUGGGCGCUGACUUCUUGGUGCACUACGGACACAGCUGCCUGAUUCCCAUCGACGCCACGCAGGGGCUGAAGAUGCUCUACGUGUUUGUGGACAUAAAGAUCGACACAUCCCAUUUCCUGGAGACCAUUCGCUUCAACUUCGCAGCAGGCACCUCCCUGGCCCUUGUCAGCACCAUCCAGUUCGUCUCCACGGUGCAGGCGGCAUCGCAGGAGCUGCGCUCCCAGUACAAGGUGUGUGUGCCCCAGUGCAAGCCGCUGUCCCCAGGGGAGAUCCUGGGCUGCACGUCGCCUCGGCUCGCCCAGGACACAGACGCCAUCGUGUAUUUGGGUGACGGGCGCUUCCACUUGGAGUCCAUCAUGAUCGCCAACCCGGGGAUACCUGCCUACAGGUACGAUCCCUACAGCAAGGUCUUCUCCCAGGAGCACUACGGCCAUGAGCACAUGCGCCGUGCUCGGCAGGAUGCCAUCUGCGCCGCCGCCAGCGCCCACUGCUGGGGGCUCAUCCUGGGCACGUUGGGGCGGCAGGGCUCCCCCGGCAUCCUGCAGCACCUGGAGUCGCGUCUCCGUGCCCUGGGCCGGCCCUUCGUGCGGGUGCUGCUGUCCGAGAUCUUCCCCAGCAAGCUGCGGCUCUUCCCUGACGUGGAUGCGUGGGUGCAGGUGGCCUGUCCCCGGCUCUCCAUCGACUGGGGAGAAGCCUUCAGCAAGCCCCUGCUGACACCCUACGAGGCCGCGGUGGCUCUCCAGGACGUGGAGUGGCAGCAGCCUUACCCCAUGGACUUUCCCCCCCCCCCCAGCCAGUCCCUGGGGCCGUGGACGGUGAACCACACCGGCGCGCGGCCCCUGCCCCACAGCCAGCCGGCCCAGGUGGGCAGGGGGGUGUCACCGGGGUGA